AUGACGACCAUGGAUUUGCGAGUCGGUAAUAAAUACCGCAUCGGCCGUAAGAUCGGAAGUGGUAGUUUUGGUGACAUCUAUCUCGGUACCAACAUCAUCUCCGGCGAGGAAAUCGCCAUCAAGCUCGAGAGUGUCAAGGCCAAGCACCCCCAACUUGAAUAUGAAGCUCGGGUCUACAAAUCGCUCGCUGGUGGUGUUGGAAUCCCGUUUGUCCGCUGGUUCGGUACCGAAUGCGACUACAACGCCAUGGUCAUUGACCUCUUGGGUCCCAGUUUGGAGGACCUCUUCAACUUCUGCAACCGCAAGUUCUCCCUGAAGACUGUGCUUCUCCUGGCAGAUCAACUCAUUUCCCGUAUCGAAUACAUCCACGCCAAGUCCUUUAUCCAUCGUGAUAUCAAGCCCGACAACUUCCUGAUGGGUAUCGGCAAGCGUGGAAACCAAGUCAAUGUGAUUGAUUUUGGUCUUGCCAAGAAGUACCGUGAUCCCAAGACGCACUUCCACAUCCCGUACCGCGAGAACAAGAACCUUACCGGAACGGCCCGUUAUGCUAGUAUCAACACUCACCUUGGGGUUGAACAGUCUCGUCGUGAUGAUAUGGAAUCUCUUGGGUACGUCAUGCUCUACUUCUGCCGUGGCACUCUCCCUUGGCAGGGAUUGAAGGCGGCCACCAAGAAGCAAAAGUACGACCGUAUCAUGGAAAAGAAGAUGACCACUCCAACCGAGGUCCUCUGCCGUGGAUUCCCCAACGAGUUCUCCAUCUACUUGAACUACACUCGCUCCUUGCGUUUUGAUGACAAGCCAGACUACUCCUACCUCCGCAAGAUCUUCCGCGACCUGUUCGUCCGCGAAUCCUACCAAUAUGAUUACGUUUUCGACUGGACCGUCUACAAGUACCAGAAGAACGCUGCCAUGAUUGCGGACGCUACCAAUAACAAGAAGGACAAGGAGGCUGAAGGUCGCCAGAAUGCAGCUGCAGCUCAGGUCCCCAUGGCUACCCCUGCUACUGCUGCCAAGCCUGGUGCUAUCUCCAGCCAGCGUCGCAAGGUCAUCGAUCACAACACGCUCAACAACACCCCCGACACCAACCGUGCUAUGGGAGGGAGUGACAGGAUGCUGCGCUCUGCUUCCAAGGUUGCUGCUUCAGGUGCUUAUGGGCCUGCCGGUAGCCGCCCGAAGCGGGACGAUGGGUACGGUGCUCAGUGCUUCCUGCAUGCCAACAACCUACACCAACUUCGAAGCCCGGGACCUCCUGUCAUCACGAAUUAUCAUUCAUUUGAUCCCUCCUUUCGCAUUCAGAACCCCGCCGCCCCUUCAUCUUUCGUCCCGCCACCACACUCUCCACCAGAAUCCUUCUCCAAACACUCGGUUUCGAGCAAUGAUUUUCCCAACAGCCAUGCGGAGCCCGGAUCCAUCGAAGGCGGCGAUGACCAACCCCAGCAUCGGAGCAGCAGCGAGGAAAAGGACAACCUGACUCCAGCGCAAAGUAAGCGCAAGGCACAGAACCGAGCUGCUCAGCGAGCGUUUCGCGAACGAAAGGAGCGUCAUGUCCGCGAACUGGAAGAGAAAGUCAGCACCCUGGAGCAAGAAUCCACCACCCUAGCCGCAGACAACGAACGGCUGAAGCGGGAGCUGGCCAAGUACGCAACGGAGAAUGAGGUUCUACGGGCUACAUCGGGCCAAUUGGCGAGUUCGCAGGCCCAUCAUCUGGACUCGGAGCCAACCGUCACAGGACCGAUGAAGUACACCCCUACUGACUUUUACACGAAUCUUGUACCGAAGGGGGAGCCUGCGCCUACCCAUCGGGUGACGAUCUGCGAGGAGACGGGGGAGAGGCUCCUCGAUGCCGGGGCGACCUGGGAUCUUAUCCAGGGGCAUGAGCUUUACAAGCGGGGUCUGGUUGAUAUCGGGGAUGUCUCUAAUCGAUUGAAGGGGAUGGCUCAGUGUAACGGGCAGGGUCCGGCGUUCAGGGAAGGCCAGGUGCUCCGGGCCAUUGAGGCGAGCGCUGCGGCUGGCCAUGAUGAAUUGAUAUGA